AUGGCGGACCUACCUCGAUUCCCCUUGCUGGACAAGCAGCGUGUGCCGCACCUCCCGCCAGCAGGAUACUACGUGGCCGACUUUAUCACAGAGGAAGAAGAGGCCUUGCUGCUGCGUAAAAUCGACGAGACACCACAGCCAAAAUGGAAGACUGUGGGAACAGGACGCAGACUGCAGUACUGGGGAGGUACACUGUCGAAGAAGAACGUGCUGGUCCCAGAACCCAUGCCCGAUUUUCUCACUGCUUUCCCCGAGAUCAUCCAGCGCAUCGACGCCUUUCUCGACAUUGCCUCGGACGUCACCGACAAGGACGUGCAAGAGGGCAAGCACGCGUUGGGGAUUAACCAAGUGUUGGUCAACGAGUACAAGCCCGGGCAGGGAAUUGCUCCCCACGAAGAUGGCCCCGCCUUCCGGCCCCUAGUCGCCACUCUCUCACUCGGCUCCCACACCGUCCUCGACCUGCACCACUAUGUCUCCCCCACGACCCCGUCCCCACCGAUGGUCGCCACGGCCUCACUCGAUCCCGAAGGAGAGGAAGGUGGCGGCAAGGCCAUCGCCGCCGUCCCACUCGGCCAUGUCCUGCUCCUCCCUCGCUCACUGUUCGUGCUCUCGGGCAACCUCUACCAGUCGCACCUGCACGGCAUUGCCGAGAGGGACAAGGACACGUGUGUCGCUCCCGGAGUCGUAACCGAGGCUGUGGCCGGUGCAGGUGGUGAGGUGAAGGCGGCCGAGGUGGACGCUGGUGCCGAGGGCCUGUCCGUCGCCGAGAUCACCGACGCAGACGCAGACGGCGGCGGCUCAGCUCGCCCAGUGGUAGUCGCCAACGCCGCCCUCCUCGCCCGCCCAGAUAUCGAGUCUGCGCUGGCCAACGCCGAAGGCUGGACCAGGGAGCGCGGUACUCGUGCGAGCUUGACGUUCCGCCGUGCUGAGAGAGUGCUCAAGGGCGGUGCGUUCAGCAUGAUUGGGGGACGGAUGCAGAGGGCCUGA